AUGGACGUUGGCACUGGUCCCUCGUCCGAACACUUCAUGGAGCUCACACAGAAUCCCCACCAUCGAACCGCCUCGAGCGAGCCAUACCAACAUGUGCCCAACCCGAACCUCCUGCAUGGCGAAGCAAUGACUUCUGCUGUGCACGGCGAAGACGCGCUCUCUCGCCAUCGAACCGGUUCGACCUUUGACACGGAAAGUCAAGCGCCGCUGCGAUACUCGUCUGCCGAUCCGCUCGACCUCACGCGGCGUCUGAAGUCGAGGACCGAGCUGGAUCGCAUCACCGCGAACACAGCCCGCAAGCGCAAUGCGAUAUGCAACCCUAUGGUCAUUGCAGGCCAGGCGUCACAAUCCAAGGUCACGAAUUUCUACGAGACUCAGAACGAUCAGAUCCAGAGGUUUUUGAAGCCGGUGGAUGAACAUGUGCGAGAAGCAAGGGAUACACAAUCGGCCACGCAACUGCGGUACCAGAUCGCCGUGUACGGCAGCUUCGUGGCCAAUAUCGUGCUGGCGGCGCUGCAAGUCUACGGGGCGGUUGCGUCGGGCUCGCUUUCGCUGUUUACCACCAUGGCCGACGCCAUCUUCGACCCAUUGUCCAACGUCACACUGAUCGCGUCCAACAAGGCCGUGCAGAGGGUCGACGCCAGGAAAUUCCCCGCGGGUAGGGCUCGCAUCGAGACCGCGGGCAACAUUGUGUUCUGUUUCCUCAUGACGGCGGUCAGUUUCAUCCUGAUUGCCUUUUCCAUCCAGGAGCUGGCCAAGGGCCACGAGGGCGACACCAAGAGUUUCCACCUGCCGUCCGUCAUUGCGGUCACGGUGGCCUUUUGCACGAAACUCGGCUUGUUUCUAUACUGCUGGGCCCUGCGCAACCAGUACUCCCAAGUGCGCAUCUUGUGGGAAGACCACCGGAACGACCUGUUCAUCAACGGCUUUGGUGUACUUACCUCCGUGGGUGGCAGCAAACUGCGCUGGUGGAUCGAUCCUGCGGGAGCCAUCGUGUUGUCCGUUCUCAUCUCCAUUCUGUGGCUGCACACCGCAUCCUCCGAGUUCCAGUUGCUGAUCGGCAUCACCGCCGACACCGAAAUGCAGCAACUCAUCACGUACGUGAGCAUGACUCACAGCGAACACAUCAAGCAACUUGACACGGUGCGCGCCUGGCACUCGGGUCCCCGUCUGGUCGUCGAGGUCGACGUGGUCAUGGAUCCCCUCGAAAGUCUAAGGGUCUGCCAUGACGUCGCCGAGGACUUGCAGAUGAAGCUCGAGAGUCUGCCGGACGUCGAGCGAGCUUAUGUCCACAUUGAUUACAACGGCCAUCAUCCUCCGGAGCAUUUCUUGAAGAAGGAAAUAUGA